UGAAAUAAAGAGAGAAAAGAGAGUCCCCUCACCGGACGUUAUAGUGUUGUCUGACAAUGAACCUUCUAGCCCUAGAAUGAAUGGUUUAACAAAAAUAGCAUUAAAAGAGACCAACACGGAGGCACUCAUGAAAAGCAGUCCAGAGGAGCGUGAGAGAAUGAUUAAACAACUAAAAGAAGAGUUACGGUUAGAAGAAGCAAAGCUCGUUUUAUUGAAAAAGUUACGGCAAAGUCAAAUCCAGAAGGAGACCACUACUCAGAAGCCUGCUGGUUCCUCUGGGAGUGCUGUGGCCACCCCUCCGCCCUUGGUGCGGGGACCGCAGAGCGUUCCUGCUGGCAAGCCGUCCCUCCAGACCUCUUCUACACGUAUACCAGGCACUGUUAUUCCUCCUCCCUUGGUCCGUGGAGGGCAGCAGACUUCUUCAAAACUGGGAACUCAGCAAAACACGCAGAUAGUAAUGCCACCUCUUGUCAGAGGAGCACAGCAAAUCCACAACAUCCGACAGCACUCCAGCACGGGGCCGCCUCCGCUGCUGCUGGCGCCGCGGGCAUCGGUCCCCAGCGUACAAAUUCAGGGGCAGCGAAUUAUCCAGCAGGGUCUGAUCCGCGUCGCCAACGUCCCCAACACCAGCCUGCUUGUCAAUAUCCCGCAGGCUUCCCCAACCUCAAUCAAAGGUACAACAGUGACGUCUGCUCAGGCUAAUGCUACUACGACCAGCGCUGCUUCCAUCGUCAACUCCAACGACUCACCGGCCAGCCGGCAAGCCGCCGCCAAGCUCGCCUUGCGGAAGCAGCUGGAGAAGACGCUGUUGGAGAUCCCUCCUCCCAAGCCGCCUGCGCCAGAGAUGAACUUCCUGCCAAGCGCAGCCAAUAACGAAUUUAUUUACUUAGUCGGGUUGGAAGAAGUUGUGCAGAAUUUGCUGGAAACUCAAGGUAAAGUUUCGGUUCCUGUGUCAUCUCGUGAGCCCUAUAUGUGUGCUCAGUGUAAGACUGACUUCACCUGCCGUUGGAGGGAGGAGAAGAACGGAACCAUUAUGUGCGAAACCUGCAUGACAUCAAAUCAGAAAAAGGCCUUGAAAGCUGAGCACACUAACCGACUGAAGGCUGCCUUCGUAAAAGCACUGCAGCAAGAGCAGGAGAUUGAGCAAAGGAUACUGCAGCAGACUGCGUCUCCCGUACAGACCAAGUCAGACCCUAUAGUGCAGCACCACUCGCUCAAGCAGACUUCUAGCCAGAUGUCUCGAGGUCCUCCUGGAGCUCCGCGAGGAGUGUUGCAUGCAUUUAGCCAGUCACCCAAGUUGCAGAAUGCAUCGUCUGCAGCAGCACUUGGGAGUAGGCCAGGUAAGCAUGCUGAGAGACCUGUCAGCAAGGGCAGCGCUGCCGCCUGGAAGAAGACUCCCAUCAAUACAG